UCUUCGCUGGUCUCUGUCGCGCUGAGCUCACACAGGAGCUGAGCUGAGAGGCAGAGCGCGUGGGGCUGAGCUCUGCCCUGGGACUGUCUGGAACAUGGCCCCGCAGGUGUCGGCUCUGGCCCUUCUCCUGGCCCUUCCGCCCCUGCUGUCUGCCCAGAGAGCGACACCGGCCAGGCCCAGCAGCCCCAAGACUCCAGACACGUGCAGGAGGGAGGGAGCCUGGACCACGAACGUGACGUUUCCCUCCGAGCCGACAGCGUUUCGGGUGAAUGACACGGUGCUGGUGACGUGCGCCGCGGAGCCCGAAUCCGGCCUGUUCCCUGCAAACUGCACAGAACUGAAGGACCGCGGGGCAGUCUGGGAUAUCAGUGGAGUCAAGUGUCUCAGGAUGUGCAAUGACUGGCUGAGGCAGGUGGAUUUUGACCCUGCACAGACGGAUUUCGGCGUCGGGGCCGAGGGUCGGGUGACCUGUCGUCAGCAGUUCCAGCAGAACUCGUUCAAUGUGACGUGCAGAGAGACGGAGUCGGGACGCUUCGAGUGGGAUUUGGGUGCAAACAAGUGUGUCAGAAAAUGUAAAAUACCCAGAACCUGGGACCCCAGAUUGCAGUUUGCCCCCAAGAGGCAGUUCUCCGCCCUGGGUGAAUCAGUGACACUGAGCUGCCCUGAGGGGUAUCGGCCGUCACCGCCUGUGAUCGAAUGUGUCAGAAAUGGGAACCAGUCUGUCUGGAAUGAGACAGCCACCUGCCAGGGGGUUUGUACGACGGCAGGAAACCGGCCCCCGUCGGUGUUCAGCUCAGACCUUCUGAAGGGCGUGAAGUGA